AUGUCAUUAGAAGGUGGUACUUUUUAUAAUAUAGUCAUGCUUACACUUAGCAUCAUUGCUCUGGUAUUUAACAGUUUAGAUUUUUUGGUUAAUUUUAGUAAUAAAUUAUAUAAACAAUCUUUAUAUAAUUGCCUCAAAUUGUAUAGUAAUGUAUGUGCUAUCAUUUUAAGUAUCAGAAAUAUUGUUGUUUCAUUUGCCAAUUUAUGUAUUCUUAAUGAUGAUUGGUUUUUUACAUCAAAAGAUGUAUGUCUUGGAAGAGCUAUAACUGAUAAUAUUAUUGUUACACUUUAUCAAGUUGCAUUUGUAUUUGAAAUAAUUGUUUUUGGUUUAUCAGUUGUUCAUCCAGUAUUUUUUAUGAAACAUAUUGAUAAUAAAACUUCUAAAAUUUGUAUUGGUUUUUUUAUAAUUUUUAUUUCAAUUUUUAUUGGAUGUAUGAUGUUAAUUGGUAGAGGUAACCUACCACAAUAUCUUGGUUUUUGUGUUAUUUACAAUAAUUGGACAUUAAAUUUUCAAGAAGCUCAUUCAUCAUUUACUUUAGCUGCCUUAAUAUUGGUAAUUAUUAUUUAUAUUAGAACAGCACGUCAAAUAGGAAGAAUGUCAUCAGAGGAAAAAUUUAAAAAAAAUUUAUGUAGUUUCAUGUGUUGGUCAAUGUUUUUUUUCAUGAUAUUUGGAAUAUUACCAAACACCUUACUUGUAGUAUCAUUUUUUAUGAAUUUUGAUUGUAAUUUUAGAAAUGUUUGUUUGGAUACAUUUUAUCUUACAAUUUGUAUUUCACUUAUUGUUCCAUUUCCAUUUGCUUUAUGGAAAAACAAAUUAAUUAGAAAACACUUCCUGGAGUUACCAUUUGUUCCAAAAGUAAUUUAUAGAACAUCAAUAACUAAAACUUCAAAUAUAAUUACUUAA